AUGAAGAUUCCUAAAGCGAAUGACAGGCCUAAGAAACAGGAUAAUAAAAGGACUAGACACCACAGGGCUCGAGAAUCAGACCGAGUCACGGAGAUGCUGAAACUCUGCCUCCAGAAGAUAUGCGAGCUGCAGGCCGACCUGGAGAACGAAGAGAACAUGCGAGAUCCCGAAGCUGCGGGGUACACAGCUUGCGCCUUGGAAACCCUGAGGUUCUUAUCGGACCACGGGCUGACCCCAGACCAUCCCAUGGUGAAGGGGAUCGCUGAGAGGUUGCUGAGGGAUCGAGACUGA